CUACCGGCAGCCCAACGUCGUAGCUCAUGGCCACCAUAAGCACAAUAUCACGUCGCCUCCACGAAAUCAUAUCAAUACCGAUUACCAAAAAUGCCAGGCCCUCUUCCCCCUCACCGACUUACCCUACCGCCUGGUUAGCAAGGCCGCAAUGCCGAGUCUCAUGAGUCUACCCAACGAGAUCCUCAUAGAGAUUCUCCAGAUCGUCGCGGCCACCGAUUUCCAAGCGCUCUUCGUCUCCCAACUCACAAACCGACGGCUCUGUGCCCUAACCCGGCAUAUCCUAUCAAACGGCCAGAACCCGCCCUCGGCUCUGGAUCUCGGGGACCGGGAGCGGAUACACCCGUUUCUGAAGUCCAGGUUCGGCCCGUUACUCAACACGGCCGACUGUUUCACCGAUGAAAAGAAGGCACACGCAUUCCCGACCCUCAACGGCGACUACACCCUCCCUUUCUGCCGGCUACCGUGGGCACGUACCGAAAGUAGGCGUAGUGCAUACCUGCGCCCGGAAGCGAGCUGGCGGAACAUCAGCCUGACUUUCGGCCACUCGCCCAUCACACAUCUCGACGUCGUCAAGAGCUACUCGGCUCCCGAGGGCGAUUUCAUACAGUACUACCAAGCUGACCUGGAGCCUCCCGGCCUGACGAUGGGCCACCUCUUCAACGCCUUGCUCUCCGACCCGAUCACGCACGGAUGCGAGACCGACAGCUGGCAGCUGAUCGCGGGACGCCGACUGCACAACUUCGACGCCAUCGCAGGCUACGCAUGCUUCUUCCCGGACGGCCUAGACCUCGUAGAUAUGGGCACGGCAGCAUCUCAGGCUGCCGUAUUGUAUAUUCGAGGCGGCCCCGUGAGCGGCGGCUCGAAACCAGAGGCCCUUGUCAAUGAUUGGCUAGUCAAGGAUUAUGAUAAGCCAUGGUCUCUAUCGUGGCAGGCGCCCGCUCACACCUUUGUCUUUUCGGGCUAUCUCGAAUAAGGCCAUGCAGCCUCGUUCGCGGUCUGUCGCGGAGCAAGCUACGUAAUCCUACGUCUUCAGAUAGGAACCAGUGUCGGCGUCUACAAUUUCCUCAGGGGCACG